AUGAACGCGACAAAAUGGAGAAUCUCAAAGGCCUGCCAAGAAUGUCGCGCCAAGAAGAUCAAAUGCAACGGCGAGACGCCCUGCCAGAACUGCCGAAUGAGAAAUCUCAGUUGCGUCUACCGCGAAAAAGCCCGUAAUCGGACGCGAAAGGUCAAGCCGCGAACUGCCGCUUAUGAGACCAUCAUGUCUCACGAUGCCAUGGAGAGCACUUCACUAGAAGCCUCCGACGAGGGGACAGUUCCGCCCACGCCGAGUGCUGAUGAGGCUGCCUCUAUCGGACCCUCUGGCUCGGUCAUGGACAGUGAGCGCAGCAUAACUCACAACGCCGUCGCCGCAACACAUCGCGCAUCCCCGUCGUGUUUUCUUCAGCUUUAUUAUGGACCUUCAUCGAAUUUCGCCCUUCUUAACUCUAUCUACCACCAAAUAGCAGGGACGUGUCCAAACGAUCCCCCGUCGCGCUCUAGUAUUGUCGAAGAAGGUGGUCCAGGUCUAGACCUUUUCAGUCAUCGAAGAUUGUUCUUUGGAGACCUAGCAGACAACCAACGACCAACGUUACUCCCCGAUGACGGCUCAGCCCUGCUUAUUGACCCCGACACAGCCCAUCGGUUACUAGAGAGAUAUCUUUUGACCUACUGGCACGGUCUGCCCGUCAUGAGCAAAGACGAUUAUCGUCGUCGCUUAGAUGCGUUGUUUCAGCCGCCAGGAAUCUUUGAUUAUGAUGCGCCCGAGACAAUCAUUAUCAUGCUUGCAGUUGGCUUGGGGGCUUCAAUGACGGGCGAAGAAGCCAUUGCAGAAUUUAUUUUCCAGAAAACAAAACAGGGCGCCGCGAAAUUGGACGAAGUUGUCAACAUGCAAGUCGUCCAAAUACACCUUUUGAUGAUAAGUUCAUUUAAGCUUACAACCCUAAACGCUCAUUUCCAAUCAGAGAGAGCAAGGCCCAACUCAAGUUUCUUGCAUGUCGGCACUGCCUGUAGAAAGGCUGUGGCUGCUGGCCUACAUAAAGAUGGUUGCAUGCGUCCAGGAUAUACAGAAGAUGACACAAAUCAAAGAAGCAUUACGUUUUGGAGUGUAUUCUUCUGGGAAACAUGGCAAUGUCUUGUUCUUGGUAGGCAUAGCUCGAUACCUGACCCUGGCCCAGUCAUUCCGUUACCAAAAGAUCAAAAACUCCUCAGAUCAUUAGUCACUUUAUCACGCAUCAUGGAUAAGUGUGUCAAGCGUAUAUACAGCCCACGACAUGACUCCUUGUUGCCUGUCUGGAAUGCGGCUGUCGAGAUUCGUCGCGAAUUGCAUCAGUUUGCCGAACAGCAACUCAAGGAUAUGAAGUUUGGCCUCGUUGGAGAUCCUAGUACUGGCGAGCUUGGUGUGUGUCAAGCUAUGGUGUCAACCAUGUAUCAUCACACCCUGCUACUGACGUUCCGCCCAUUUUUGAUAUUAAGGGCCAAGCUCAACCACGAUAGAGCGUCUGCUACAUCUGCAGAUAACCUGCAAUUACCUCCACCUUGGCUUGAUAGCGCUUGUGAAUAUUGCCUAGAAGCAGCGAGGAACUCGGUUGGCUUCCUGACAGGCUCUUGUGCCACCAACAUUCUAUGUCGCGACAUUAAGUACCACGGCUUCUUUAUUGAGGGAGCUUGCUACGCUUUGGCUUUUGACAUGCUCCAGGAGAAGAAGACCGCCCAUCGCAACUUGCCCUGGAUUCACUCGGGUCUGAGAUGUCUGCGUUCCAUGAUGGGAUCGGCCGGAGUCGACGCAGGCCAGCUACCGAUUACGAUCGCCUCAAUCGAGCAGAUGGUUCGCUCUGCCGGCUUUGAAAUGAAAGAUCCAGUUAGCCAGACCAAGCAGUAUCAGCAACAAGUUCCAAACUCGACACUUCCCGGCUCGCCGGCUCCUUCCAACGUGGCAGCCAUGGGAAGCGAGCCGGCGUUCACGUUUCCUUCUAUGCCAUUUGGCUUUGACACGACGGGUCAACUGAAUGGUGCGUCGCCGGCGGGUGCUAGACCAGAAGACAUGGCAGAUUUUACAGCUGCUGAUGUUGGUUGGGACAUUGAUUUUGGAUCAAUGAACAUGGAUGCGUUUUUGUCUCUCGAUUCGGCAGAGGCUUUCAAUUUUGCGCCUUGA